AUGAUUUGUUCCAUACGUCUGAUAUCCUGAUAAUCAAGCGUCAGUAUGUCUAAGGUUCUAGGUACUUUCGUUCAGAAGGCGCAGGGACUCAAAAAUGCGUCCUCGAAGUUCACCAGCUCAGUCGCUGAGGGCAAUCGCAUACUACCUUCCAGAAAUAAAGAUGCUGAUUUCCAGCUUCGUAUUGACGCCGGUCAUUAUGACUCUACUUCGAAAGGUCUGAACGUGGUUCUACAAGUCAACUCUCAAGCAAAAAGUCCAGCCUUGAGAGACUGGGCCAGAAAAAACGAAACCCACGCCAAGCUUGCAACUGCAACGUUCGACACAGCAGCAGUUGACAAAGAUGUCGAAUUUCAGAGAGUGCUUGAAGCCCUAGUGGCAGAGGGGAAAAGUAAGCUUGGCUAGAAGACAUUUCAGAUGUUCCAAUACAACCACUCUCUCAGCUCAACUCGAAACGAAAAUCCAGCUCCGAAAGUGACAUGCAUAAAGUUGCAAAGACUUUAGGCUGGUAGAUGAGAUGCGCAUUACAGGGGCUUUGACUUCGACUUGUCUGCUUGCUAGGGCAUAUUCCGUACUCCUUGAAUAGUGGCGAGAUUGCGAUGCAUGUUUGUGGAUGUCUG